UGACGGCUAACAUUAGAGAGCUGGACUUUCUCCGGCCUAACGCUACCGAGCUGUCUGCAUUAUCGGUGCGUUUGAAUUGAAGGACGCGGCCUCAGGAUGGACUUGGAUUUAGGGGUUGGGGGCGACAGCAGCACACGACGGAAGAUGAACGCGACUAGCGAGGCAGUAGAGAUCACACCGCUGGAAAUGUAUGAUUCAGCGAGGGCCAAGAUAGCGGCCAACCUGCACUGGCUGUUUGCUAAAGCCUACGGAAUUGAUCACAUCCCAGAGGACAUGCGGGACCCCUUUUACACAGACCAGUAUAAGCAGAAGCACAUCAAGCCUCCUGUGAUCAGGCUGCUGUUGUCCUCGGAGCUCUACUGUCGUGUGUGUGGCCUCAUUUUCAAAGGGGACCAGGCGGCCUCCCUUCAGUCCCACCAGUCAGUCAUCCAAGCUCUGUCUCGGAAAGGCAUCUGUGUCAUGGAAGGAGAUGACACGCCCGUUAAGGAACGUGACCUCACGUGUCAGCCAAUCAAAACGAGCUCACACAUGCUUAUGAUUGAUGCCCUGAUGAUGGCCUACACAGUGGAGAUGAUCAGCAUUGAGAAAGUGGUGAUCUGUGUGAAGCGCUUCUCUACCUUCAGCGCCUCUAAAGAGCUUCCCUUUGACUUGGAGGAUGCCAUGAUCUUCUGGAUUAACAAGGUAAACUUGAAAAUGAAGGAGAUUUCUGAAGAGGAAUACAAAGUAAAGCAACAUGUGCUGGAUUCUCCCAGUCAUCAGAAGGUACGCUAUAGGCAAGAACAUGCCUCAGGCCAUCAGCUUCCCCACUUUCCCCUGCUGGAGGAUCUGAUAAUGGAUGUGUGUGAUGGUGCUGCCCUACUGACUGUGGUUCACUACUACUGCCCAGACCUCAUGAAGCUUGAUGAUAUUUGCUUGAAGGAAGUCACCUCAGUAGCAGACAGACUGUGUAAUAUCCAGUUAUUGAAGGAGUUUGCCAACGAGUACCUAAAUAAAAGCUUCUAUUUAACACCAGAAGACAUGCUGUAUUCACCGCCGGUGUUCAAACACAAUGUCAUGGCAUUCGUUGCUGAAAUUUUUUGGUUGUUUGAAAUUGUGAAGCCUGAGUUUGUCCACCCAAGGGAUGUACAGGAAUUGAAGGAUGCCAGAGCAGUGACUCAGUCAAAAAGCUCCUGGCCCUCCGUGCCCAUCUCCAAUGCUACCAAACGAAGCUUCCUGGUCUCCCCUGGAGUGGCAGAUUCAGCUCAUCAUGUUCCAAACAACCCUGAAGUGUGUAACAGGUACUUCCUGCACACUGAGGAAUCUGAUCCUCAUAAUAAGGUGAUUUCCACUUUUAGUCCCUCAUAUCCACUUUUACCACUGAGACGAAGACAGCAAAAAUCUCAGCAGGGAGAGGAUGCAUCAGGCUGGAGAAAUCGUUCUAAUUCGCUGACUCAGGCAAGUCAUUCUCGUGGGUCUGUGACCUGGUCAGAAAAAAGACAGAGGCCACUAUCACAGCUGAAUCGCUACGUUCUUCAUUGUGCCACGGACAGCAAUUCUGACUUGGCCUCAGGUGACAGUACGAGCCUCACAUGCUCCAUCAGUGCAGACAGCCUGGCCUCUACUGUCACGCCCAAACACCAGGGUCAUCCAAGCUCAGGUGGUCCUCGAUGGAUCAAUGGUCACGGGCUUCUUAGAAAUGUUAGCUUGGAUGAAGAUGAUUAUGAUGAUUCAAUGACCAUUAUUCAGGGGUCAUCAUCUGAAAAUAAGGCUACUUUGUCAAACUCUGGGAAUGUAGAACAUCCAUGUGCUACCUCUAGUGCUAAAACAAGCACAUGGGGCAGACACGAGGAACCUCCUGCAGAUUCCAGAACGGCCAGUUUCUACCUGGAACCGCUGAUGCCUGCUGUCCUUAAACCAGCAAAAGAAAAGCCUAUAUGCUUAAAUAAAGAGGAAGAAUCUGGAGAGGGACGACAGCGUGGGUCAACACGGAGAAGUGGUGCUGGAGAGGGUCCCAAUGCCUCAGCUAGACGAAGACCUCCACACAACCUUAAUUGGAUCUUCAAUGCCAGCUCAAGAUCUGAUCUUGAGAUGGCUUCUGAACCCAAAUCCAAUGAAUCUGUGCCUCCAUCUGCAGGAGAGGCUGAUGUCUUCAGAUCCAUAGUCACAACCAGUGUUGGGUCUUCUGCUGAACAGUCUCCUGCAUUCUACCUGCAUUCGUCCAUGACUGAAGACAAGAGGCCUGUUCAAGCUUGGAGUGUCCUGCCUGACAGCAACACAGAGACUGUGGAGACAGUUGAAGAUCAGGAUGCGGAACUAACCAAGGAACUUCAUCCACCUAAGAGACAGUUUUAUGAAGAGGAUCAGGAAUCUGCAAAGCUUCAAGAGGACAUGAGUGUGACUGAGCAUGAGGAUAAGGAUGAAGGAAGUAGGUGCUCCAGCCCUGCUGUCAUUGUUCAGGCACAGGUCAGUAGUGUGACCAGUGGCACUGUGAGAAUCACCAGAUUUGCUGAGCAAAGCAAGCAGAAGUUCAGCAGCAAUCAAGACACUGGCUCCAGUACCAGCAGCUCGCAAAGGACAACACCAGAUGGUUCAGAGAUCUUCCCUUUUCCCCUCACCUCAUGGCAGAUAAAAAGGGACCAGAGUCUGACACAACAGGCCAAGGACAAGAGCAGCAUGCUUACUUCAGAGCUUGUACAGUUGCACAUGCAGCUCAAAGAAAAGCGCCGUGCUUUUGAGACGCAGAUGAUGAUGACAGAGGUCUUGCGUGCUAGGCAAAGACUCCAGCUUGGAAAAGCUUUCCUGCCUGUUGUGAAAAAAGGCAAGAGUGACACACUCCCUCGGUCCUUCAGAUUAGACAAAUUGAAAAAUGGCCAAAAGUUUAAUGGUGAUAAAGAGCGGUCAUCAAAAGAUGACUCCUGUCUUGAUGCAGUGAGAGAUGGGGAGAAAGGUACUGAGGAGCUAGAGAAAGUAUCUCUUGAGUGGGGGAGUGCAGCUGCUAUACCACAGAGUGCCUUAGACAUGGAUGAAGAAAUAGACCUUAAUGAGUGUAACCACUCCACAGAAAUGCUUAACGAGACCAUCAGCAGCAUUCAGCAGCAGAUGAUGCAAUUGUCUCUCCAGCAGGACCUACUUAUGAAGCAAAACAUCCAGUCACUUCCAGGUGUUGCCUCACUCCCUGUUGAUGACCGAGGAGAUUCACAUGAACCAAAGGUGCGAGCAGCUAUUCAUUUUGUGGAGCCAAGCGGCAGCCCUGUAGUUCGUAAGCCCCCCAAGCUGACCUCUGCACGGUUCCGCUCCAAACCUUCCGAGUUGAAGCUGUCCAAGGACUACAACAAAGGUCAGGAAAUAUCUACACCUACUCCCACUGAAAGGCCCACUGCUCGAGCAAGUCCAGGGGGCAGGACCACCAAAGCAGAGCAUGAGACAGUCAAUCAGACUGAGGCAACACUAACAAAGACCACAUUCUAUUUACAUGAUGAAGCCAACUUGCGUACGGUCUCAAGGGAACCAAGCUCUGUUGCACUGGGAGCAACUCUUGAUGUGCCUAGUAUGUUACGGAACCCUGAGAAAUCCUUUGAUAUUGGUCCUGGAUUUGAGGACCGCUUGAAGAACAAGGCCAAUCUGAUCGAGGUGGACCUGUCAGACAUAGCCCAGUCAGAUGAGGGCAAUUCUGAUGUAUUAGAAGUACCCACUGAUGCAGUGGAUGGAGAAAAGAAAACCGGCAUGGGCUUUUUCUUCAAGGAUGAGCAGAAGGCAGAGGAUGAAAUGGCCAAAAAGCGUGCUGCAUUUCUCCUGAAACAACAGAAGAAGGCAGAGGAGGCUCGACUGCGCAAGCAGCAGCAGCUAGAGGCAGAAAGUGAACUCAAGAGGGAGGAAGCCAGGCGUAAAGCUAAAGAGGAGCGAAUCAGAAAAGAGGAAGAGAAAGCCAGACAAGCGUUAAGAAAACAAGAGUACCUGAAAAAGAAACAGCAAGAGUUGUCAGAAGAGCAGGAACAGCCUAAACCCAAGCCCAAGAAGCACAGACCAAAGUCUGUACUGAAGGAAGAGCUUUCCACAGACACGCUUCCAAAAUGCACUCCUACUAAUGAGAACCUGAUCAGUGCCCAGUCUGGCUCUAAUCCCUCGCUGGCCUCUGUGGCCACUACUGAAGCAGACAGUGUGAACUCGGGAGGUGCAGGGUCUCAGUGUGGGGAAUCUGUGGAGUCGUUUUCAAUCCUCAGUCGGACAACAGAGCACGACUGGGAUAACGGUUCUACUGCGUCUUCCAUUACAUCAGUGCCUAUGGCGGAAUAUACUGGACCUAAACUUUUCAAGGAGCCAAGCGCAAAGUCCAAUAAGCCGAUAAUCCACAAUGCCAUUUCUCACUGCUGCUUGGCUGGAAAAGUAAAUGAACCGCAGAGGAACUCCAUUCUCGAGGAAAUUGAGAAGUGCGAGUCGAACCACUUGAUGAUUCUCUUCCGUGAUGGCGGUUGCCAGUUCCGUGCACUCUACUCGUACUUUCCUGACACAGAGGAGAUCCACAAGCUCACGGGCACUGGGCCUAAAAGCAUCACCAAAAAGAUGAUUGAUAAGCUCUACAAGUACAGCUCAGACCGGAAACAGUUCACCGUCAUACCUGCCAAGACUGUGUCAGUCAGUGUGGAUGCCCUGACCAUUCAUAAUCACCUCUGGCAGGCCAAGAGGCCCGCUGUGCCAAAAAAGAAUGCAAAGUGAAGCUUUUGGGAACUGUAAUUAAGCAACGCUGUUGUACCGCCUGUACGUUUGGAAAGACCACACAGAUGUCCACAAUCAACUUCUUGUUUUGUGAUGCAUCAAGACUGGCUGUGUAUGAAUAAAUCUCUGGACGGUCAACACUCCUUGUUUGAUCAGUUCAUGGUACAGGGUUUGUUCUAUACCUGAAGUUUACAGCCUUUUGGUUGAGUUCUUGUUACUUGAAAGACAUUUUUAGUUUGGUAAGCUCACACAGCAGAGUUUUCCUUUCUGAUCAGCAGAUAUUUUGUCUCUUUACUGUAAAAGAGGCUGUGAGACAGCUACAUCGAAAUAGUCUGCUGCUUAUGAAGAUCAUAACUCAAUUCACACAGAAAAGUAUUUGGGAAGUUGCCUGACUCCCCCCCCCCCCCCCAAAAAAAAACAUGCUGCUUUGAAACUGUCUUCUGUGCACUGUAUGAUGAUCCCAGUCAUACAUGUGGUUGGCCUUCACACAUCAUGGUACUAUUGUCCUAUUUAUUCAGCGCUUAAAAAGCAAAUCGGCUGUAGCACUGCUGCAUAGGACUAUGAUGGACCUUUUUAAAUAGGGAAUGAAAGGCUUCGGUUCAUGUCUCAGAUGCUCUUUUGUUUUGCUACUCGAAUACUACAGGUAGUAAUUUCUCCACUGGACAGCUGCGUCCUUGACAAUGGUGCACUCAUGAUCGUUUUAGUGCUUUUAUCAUGCAAUAAUCAGUUACUUCCUUUGCAGUUGCUGUCUAAUUAUCUAUCCAUGUUUAAGGCCCUGUCCACACGGCAACGGAUUCAGGUGAAUCUGAUAAAAUUGUUUAUCGUUUCGGCCUGGCGUCCACACGGCACCGGCGUUUUGGGUGCCCCAAAACGAAAUCUUUUGAGAACGGGUUCCAGAGUGAAAAAAUCUGGCAACGGCGCCGUUGCGAAGUCGUCUGGAUGAGUAGAACAGAUUUGUUUACGAUGACGUCACAACCACAUGACUAGAACAAGCAGCACUCUUGCGCGCAUCAUUCGUAACAACAACAGAAAUUGAAAUUGUUUACACAUUAACCUGACUGACCUGCCAGACAGACAAUUUCCACCUGCUUUGAUGAACAGAAAGUACAGCCUUCCACACAAAGCAACAGUUACCUGACUAUAACGGAGGCAGAGGGGAAAAGGGUCAGAAGACCCUUCAACAGACUGUUUUGUAUGAACCACUGCAUUGCAUUCACUUUUGUAUACAGCUUUUCUUUUAAAUAAACAAGUAACUGAACCAUUUCUUGAAUUUCUUUUUUUAUUGGAUAAGACUGCUUUUCAAAAUGUUCACACACAAUAAGAAAAUUAAGUUAUAUAAAACUAUGCACACUAAUAAAACUAAUUUGUACACACAGAAGACACGAUUUCCUCGCGGAGUCGCAGCCAUCUUCUUCUUGUUGUUGUGUGUUUGUUCCUGUGAGUGCUUCACACCGGGUAGAAGAAGGGGUUUAUGCGUGUAACAGACAUUGCGUUGUGUUGUUCUCCAGUCUUUUUAUUCUGAAGAAAUGAGACACAAAUACACUGCUGAGGAUGGGCUGCAAACGUCCAGUGGCAUUGGCGCUUACAUUUCCAAAACGAACUGAAAGAGGCCAGCGCCUCGUUCCCAUAACUACCUGCACUCUUAAAGGGCCAGCGCAGAAUUUCCCCACCACUACACACAAUGGCAAGUGGAAAAAAAUAAACCCGUUACAUGCGCAUGCGUCCUACUUCUUCUAUUGUUCUGGUGUCUCCGAUGGGACCGUCUUACAGCGCACGUAGAGGUGUAGCUUGUGUAUUGCAUCGUUUUCAGCAAGCGUUGCGUUGCCAUAUGGACCUGAUAUUUUACUGAUCCGUUGCCCAUGUGGACGCGAUUUUUUUUUUUUUUUUUUUUUACCCGUUAAAAAAAAAAUCUCGUUGCCGUUGUCGUGUGGAUGUAGCCUAAAACAUUUCUGGGAGACGGGGGAGUGUCAACACUGCCGCAUCCUUGUUUAAUCAUUUUAAAACACUUGGUUUGAGUUGGUGGUAAGGAUCAAGAUAGUGUUGCACAUGCACUUUACUUCUUUAGAAAAGGUGAUAGUUAAGGAUAGAAGGGCACACAAGGUUUGUGCUAAAAACAUUAGCAUUAAAUGCUUGUUGAACUGCUUAUUACACUAAAAUCUUUAAACAGACACUAAUGUAUUUAAUUCAGACAAGCAAAAUUAAUGGCCCACUGAAAACUCUUCAGACUACUACUUUCCAGAAGGUGUACUUCAGAUUUUGGUUCUAAUAGGUUGCUGCAUUCGCUUACUUUUAAAUUACAGUUUUGUAUAUCAUGUCUGUUUUUAUUUAUAUAUACACUCUAAAAUUGUACUGAUUUUGCUCACUGUUCCUUUACAACACUGUACUUUUGGUCAUGUUACUCUAUCCA